GCCGAGAGGCGGAAACCCGGAAGCGCCGUCUCACCCGGCCUCUCAACCCCGCCCCACGCACGUGACGUUGCACCCGACGGAAGCGCGCCUCACGUUCUCGACGCUGCGGCUCGGGAGGGACUGGCUGGGCCUGCUGGCUGGCUGGGCGGCGGCGCGAUGAGCGGGUCCGGCGAGCCAGCUGCGGAGGCCCCGGCAGCCACCGGAGCGGGAGUUCGGAUCGUGGUGGAAUACUGGUGAGAGGAAGGCGGCUCGGGAGGGCGUGGUCACGCCCAUUUUGCGCCCAGGCCACGCCCCUCGCGCCUCCUGGCCACGCCCUCCCUCUUUGAAAGACUCCGCGGUUGACUGCUUGGCCCCGCCCAGCUUCAAUUUAGCCACGCCCCUCCCGCGUUGCACUCUUUUCUUUGCGCUUCGCAGCGUUAGAUGGUGGCAGCGGGGGGACGGGGCGGGAGCUGAAGUCCAGCAGUGCCGGAUUUACGUAUAAGCUAAACAAGUUUAUAGCUUAGGGCUCCACUUUCCUAGGGGGCCCCGAAAAAAUUAAAGGGAAAAAACUGUUUUGAUUGUAUUUCCAUUCAACAAUUACUUUGAUAAAAUACAUAUUUUGUUACGUGCUGGACAUAUAAAGGCCCCAUUCAGUAGCUUAGGGCCUCAUCAAACCUAAAUCCGGCCCUGCCAGCAACUCCUGGGGAGCCACGGUUGAAGGACUCCUCACAGCCAGAAGGACAACGGCCUGCCCCGAGGAGCUUCCAAAGCGAGUGUUACACCUUUAUGUGUCACACACCCCUUCCAAAAAAUAAAAAUCAUAGAAUUGAAAGGGACCACGAGGGUCAUCUAGUCCAGCCCCCAGCCAUGAAGGGUUUUUUUUGCCCAAUAUGGGGUUCCAACAUGCAACCAUGAGAUUAAGAGUCUUAUGCUCUCCUAACCAAGCUAUCAACAGGCUACCAUUAGUCAGGGUGAACUUCCUGGCAAACUUGAGGCUGCCCCUUCUGCUUACGGCAUUUCUGAGAGCCAUGGAGAAGGCUUUCUCCCAGACCAGCUCUAGGAAAAACCAAAGGGAGCCUUAAGUCAGGGAGGGCUGGUCCAUUAUGGAGAACAGGAGUACAGCCCCACCAACCUCAGCCAGCCCUUUGUUAACCUGCUACUUGCCUGUCCUCCUGCUUACAAACAGCCCAGGUUGGCACUGCAUGUCACCUUCAUUGCCCUAAGCAUCAAUGUUGCCUUUCCAUAACUUGGCCAGAAGGAAGGCUGGGGGACAAAGCUAGAAUGGCUGGGUUCUGGCUGCACUUGGUCUAGUCUCACUGGCAGAUAAAUGUGUGGAGCCUGGGACGGGGCAGACAGAGUGGACUAAGCUAGCAAGAGUAGGAUGACUCAUGUAAACCAUUACAAAAGCUUAUCCCAGUACAAAAGCUUAGCCCAGUGCAUGGUGCUUCCAAUGAUGUCUAGACUGAGGGUGGGGUGACAGGGAGAAGCCAGUGGCAGAAUCCUCAAGACAAGCAACAGGUAGCCUGCCCUCUUGGUUUGGGUUCACUGCCUUGGGAUUUUACUUUUCUGGAGUUGUUGGGAAGAAGGAAGAAGCCCUGAAACUUCAGAUCAGACUCCACUGCUGUACUUCAUUCAGCACUGUUCUGUUACAAAGCCACACAACCAGGGAUCCUGCAGAAUGGGGGUCUGGAUCAAGCUCUUUGUGCAAGUUUCUGCCUUUUUCAAAUACCAGUCACAUCUGAACAGGUGUUCCACUUCAGCGCUGCCUUUAAACAAAAGCAGUCACAUACAAAUAGCAAAUAUUUUAUCCCUCCCCCCCCCACUCCAUUCACAAGUCCUCCUCUCCAUUCGUCGUUGCCAUCUGCAGCUUCCAUUUGACGCCCUAACCAAAUUUCUCUUCCUAGCAAACCUUGUGGCUUUGAGUCUGCCUACCUAGAGCUGGAAAAUGCAGUAAAAGAGGAAUUUCCUGACGUGGAGAUUGAAUCGCGGCUUGGAGGGACAGGUAUGGUCUCUGUGGAACUUUCCAUGCUGACAGUAGCAGCAAUGAGUAAGGACCCCAUUCAUAGUGUGAUGAGGGUGAACACAUCAUUCAGCAUUCCUGUUAGGUUAAAAUGAGGAUUGUGUGGGAUGUUAGCCUCAUCAGCAUGCUCAAUAAUGCUCUAGAAAUGGAUUGGUUCUGUUAGCAUCGCUGGGUUCCAGUUGUGGAGGCAGCCAUACAGAUCUGAUGGGAUCUGUUUCUUAACCCACCAGUUGAAGAUCUGUGCCUUAGAAUACAAUCAACCUUCCCCCCCCCCCCCCCCCCCGUGGCUGCACAUUAACAAAGGAAGCUCGUUGCAAUGGGCACCAGCAGUAAUUCAGAUCCCUUUGUCAACCGUUGCUUAUCUUCUCAUUGCGGAACCCCAGGCAUCUUAGGAACACAGUCUGAAGCUUCCUAGCCUAUGGCCUCCCCUGGGAGUUGGGAGUUUUGUAACCAGAAAGAGAGAAUAAGGCAGUGUAAACACUAUACCUUUAAAGCACAUUUGAAGCACAUUUCCACUCUUAAAAUAAUUCUGGGCACUGUAGUUUAGAGUUAAAAUUCCCAGCAACCCUUAACAAACUACAGUGCCCAGAAUUAUUUGAUGGGUGGAAUGGUGCUUCAAAUGUGACUUAAAGGCGUAGUGUGUACGCAGCCCAAAUGACAGGAGAGAGGUGAUGUGCCUUCUCUUUUCCCAUGUGGCUUGGGCUCACUUCCUAGUGUGCCAUCUAGCAGAGGGGUAGCUGGGUGGGAUGGGGUGGGGUGUGCUAUCAGGGUUUCUGCCCCAGGUUAAGCCUCCAGAGGGGUGCCAUCGAAGCUCCCAACCUCUGUGUGCGUUUGUAUGUGUAUGCAAAUACACAUGGUUUUGUUUUGUUUUUCCAAACUGGGUCUUUGACCUGGGUGAAAAAGAGCCUAGUUUUGCCCCUGCCAUCUUGGACCUUCUUGCUCUUCAAGCCACAUGGCUUCUGUGGGUUUGCUUUUUCCUUUGUGAUAUUUUGUCAUCUUGAUUUAUUGCCGAAUAUCUGGGCAGUGAAAUGGUGAUGAGCAGUUGGUAUAAAGCUGGAGCUAAGUUUAUCCUCGUGCUAUAUUGUCUCUCCCUCCCCCCCCCUUACAGGUGCUUUUGAAAUAGAAAUAAAUGGGCAGCUGAUCUUCUCCAAACUUGAAAAUGGAGGAUUCCCUUAUGAGAAAGAUGUAAGUUCCUCCCACCCCCUGCAGCCGUUCCAAGUCCAUAGUUUGGGGAAGAUGCUUCAGCCACUAUGGUAACAGGUGCACCGUGCAGUGUUAGAAACUGAAAUAUGAAAGCUGGGAGCUAAAUGGCACCUUAAACCUUGGUUGUGGGCACAGCAACGGAAUGUCUAGGCACGCUUUUUUAUAACAAGAAUACAAAGCUGAAAUUGAAUGAACUGCAGCUAAACUCUUAUAUUCAUUUUUUCACAUGGUCUAGUCCUCAUCUGAAGACUGCAAAAAACACAGCCAUACUUCCCCUGCCCGCCCUCCUAAUAUUCUUAUGAGGGUUCCUUCUCCAGUCCUCAAAGUGGCUGGAAAUGAAGAAGCAGAAAAAGGUCCUUUCGUUCCAGCAAUGGCAGUUUUGAUGUGAAAUCUUAGGUGCAGUACUGCGCCCAGAGCUCAGAAACUGCUUGCGUUAAUGAAAUUCCCUAUCUCAAAACACACCUAGAACAAUGGGAGUUUCGAACGCUGACACCGUGGGAUUCCCUAGUGUCCAAUAUGCUGCCAGUUACCCUUUCCCCAAAUGUAUUGUAUUGUACAUGGAGUUUUUUGUACUCCAAAAUGCAGGCAAGUUGCAUUUCUCCAUCCUAAUCCAAGUAGUGGCAGCUUCUUCUAACAUCUAGAAGAUCUGUUACAUCUUGAAGAUGCUUGUUUUUGUUAAAAGACAGCUGCGCUCUUAAUCGGGCUCCCUUGGUCCAAAGAUCUGUCACAGUUGUGGAGUAUUAUAAGUGGCGUUUCAAAAUCUUAAAAGGCAGACAGCUCAUUAAACUUAAAUAGCUUUGUGUGCCGCCAAAAGUUCUGUAUUGGUGCCUCUUUGAAAUAAGUCACAGCUUAAUAAAAAUAAGCUUUUCAAACUUCUAGUCUUUUUAGAAAAUGAAGACAGCUUUAAUAUUUGAUUUUUUAAAAAAAGAAAUCAUCCCCUAAAAGCAAAAUAGCCUUGAAAAAGAAAACUAGCAUGCUCUUAAUUCUAGGCUUCACCAUUUAAAUAAAUAGAUUACUUAGGUCCAUUAAUCUCUUUGAGUCUACUUUGAGUAAAAUUUAGUUGGAAACAACCCAUAGUUGAUUCGUCAGCUGCUAAAGUGUACAGCAUUAGUUGUAAAAACUAACUUCAAUUUCUAGAGGUGAGCUUAUGGGGAAGGAAAGAGGAGUGUGCGUAUGGGUGUUUAUGACUCUAUGGUUAUGUACUGCGGAACAGCUGGCACUUAUUUUGAAAUCGCAUUCUCCUAGAGUACCUUAAGAGGAAGUUGUUUCAGCAGGUGGCUUUCAUUCAAUAACAUAUUCAGAUCCUUGAGCUGUAUAUGAAGAAUUCACAUUUCCGGUUUUCUCUUCUUGCAGCUCAUUGAAGCCAUCCGCAAGGCUGGCAACGGGGAGCCCCUUGAGAAGAUCACCAAGAGCCGACCACCUUGUGUCAUCCUUUAAGUCUCUCUUUUCUCUGGCCCAAACCUGCCCGCCCACCCUUAAUGCUCGCUUUCCCUGCCUCCACCUCCUACUCUAGUUUAAUUACCUUGGUAGGUGGGGAGAGGAUGAAACACAGCAAGGUGAUUUGGGUUGCUAACACACAUGAAGCCUUAUAAGCAAGAACCUGAGCCACUUUAAGGAGGUGAGGAGAACAAGGUGCUUGCUAAAUUAAUUUGGGCGGAUCAGCCUUCCUGCUUGGGGAGCCUCUCCUGUUUCUAAAAAGACCAGAAUGGAUUUUGUCUUAAUGUGACUGCUGCGUUUCUGUCUUUAUGUGUAACUGACAAGGAUGAAGCCCUCCCCCAUCUCCUUUCAGAAUUGGGUCAUCUCUUCUGACCUUUAGUGGUUCAUCCUGGGCCAUCAGCUAUCUUCUUCCUCCCAGGUCCCCAUAACCCUUUAACUGUGAGCCAGGAUAAGCUAGUAUUUCAUCCUGCCCUCAUUGAAACCCUGUCUUAUCCAGUCUGGAUAGGGUUCAUACUGUUGCAGCAAGCUCUGAAGGACCCUCAGACACCUUCAAACUAUAGUCUUGGGGACCAGUGUAGAAAGCUGCUCACUGUUCGCACAAUAUGUGGGAGAAUUUCCACAACACUUCUGCAAUUGUCCCCUUCUUUGUCUUGCACCGCCGCCCAAGUGUGGGCUUGAAAGUGGAGGCUUGGCUUGACUUGAAGCCAUUCAUCUUUUGGUGUUAAGGUCUACCUAAUUGGCCAGUACAGUGGUGAUGCAGAGCUUGUUCAAGUCCCACCCAUGAUCCAUGGGCAGGCACCUGCAGUGGAACAGAUAUCCUCAAGCCAGACCAGAUCUUUGGACAAAGGAGAAAAUAGAACUCAUGCUUUUUACGAGAUCUGCCAUCGCUUGAGUCUACCUACCUGCCGGUUGCUUUGGCCUUUUUUUUCUAUUUGAAGGCUAGCAUGAAACUCAGCAUAGUUCAGAACAGGCUAGUGAAACAGUGAGAACUUCUUGAAAGCUGUUUAGUCAAUGGUUAUAAUUCUCUCUGCAGAACUGCAAGAACUUAAAAAAAACAAAAACCCAACUAAACCAUAUAUUCUCAAGCAUUAUCCAACUAUUCAAGGAAGCAUUUUCAAGAUCUGUUGAUUUCAGGAUUGAAAUACUUGCUCAGUUCUCCUGCUGUAAACCCGUGGGACUUGAGAUGUUUAAUUCUGGUUAGAUUGCGCAUAUGAAUGCACACAUGCCUUUUUUAAAAAACAACAACAACCCUAAUCUCUUGCAGUUAGCAUGCUUAGACCUGCAUCUCCUUGAUAGUAAUACAGAAUGUAUAUGAUGGCCUGAUUAUGCUGUUACGUUUCCCUGCCAGUGCGAUAUAGCAGCCAAUGAAACAGAACAGGGGUGGGGAAAGCUCUGGCAUAAUAGGCCACACAAAGAGCUGCUGUGUAAUUAUUGUCAUGAAUAUCCAUCUCAUCUAGCUCAAAUCUGAAAUUCCUCUUUCAUGCCUCCACCCUGUUCCUAGGCUCUUGGGUUUUAUCACCCUGUUUUCACUUUUCUAAUCUGUCAAUUGGUGACUUUGGCACAUCUGCCACAGUUGAAGUGCAAAGUGACACACAAGUGCUGCUGCUAACUCUUUAAGAAGGGGGAGAUCGGUGAACGCCAGUCAUGCCUCCCACCACCUCCUGUUGUCUAGUUUACGUGCUGCAAACGUUGAUGAAUUUAUGUUUGGUUCAAUUUAUAUAAAGGAAAAAAGUUAAAUGCUCGGAGUAAA